UGCCAAAGCUAGCCGUGUAGUAAAGAGUACAAAACAAACUUAUUGGGAACUACAAACGGCAGCUCCAAUAGACCUACCAAAUCCAAAACGAAAAUCCUUGUUUCGCCCGUUUCGAUUCGAACACCAGUCUGCCCAGAGAUGGACAUGCACUUCCAGUACAAGAAGGACCACACCUUCGAUAAGCGUCGCAACGAGGGCGACAAGAUCCGGCGCAAGUAUCCGGACCGUGUGCCCGUGAUCGUGGAGAAGGCCCCGAAGACGCGCUAUGUCGAUCUGGACAAGAAGAAGUACCUGGUGCCGGCUGAUCUGACGGUGGGUCAGUUCUAUUUCCUCAUCCGCAAACGCAUCAAUCUGCGUCCCGACGACGCCCUCUUCUUCUUCGUGAACAACGUGAUACCUCCGACAUCGGCCACCAUGGGUGCACUGUACCAGGAGCACUUCGACAAGGACUACUUCCUCUACAUUUCCUAUUCCGAUGAGAACGUCUACGGACGUCAGUAGACUCGGGUUUGCCCCGCCUAAUCGUUUUUGGUGGUCGGUUGAGUUUCAAUUGUCACAUUUCGCCAUUGGCAAGUUCAUCAAUAAAGAAUGACUGGUCCUAGCCAGCGAACCAGCAGCUAA